AUGACAAGCGCGGAGCUGCGCGCGCAGACGGCGAGCGAGCCGCUGACGCUCGAUGAGGAAUAUGAGAUGCAGAGAAAAUGGCAGCUUGACGAAGACAAGCUGACAUUCAUCAUACUGUCUGGCGAGGCCUUGAAUCCCGCUGCGCAGCUCACAUCGGAGAUACUCACCAAGCUACCGAUGAUCGGCGAUGUGAAUCUAUUCCUGAAGGGCCUGCCGCACGAGGAAGAAUUCGAGGCGGAGGUGGAAGUGAUGAUUGCAGAGCCCGCGUUCCGCUGCCGGGGGCUCGCGUCCGCCGCGGUGCAGCUCAUGCUUUCGUACGCGACGUCGGCGAACGUUGAAGCUCGCCAUCACCCAUUGCCUGUGCCGCAGGAAAAGCUGGUCGCGCGCAUUGGGGAGGCUAACACGCCCAGCAUCCGUCUUUUCGAGAAACUGGGGUUCGCAGUGACGAAACGGGUGGCGGUGUUCGAGGAGGUAGAGCUGCGGUUUGGAGGGAGGGCGACGGGGUGGCGGACGGGGCAAGUGCGCAUGCUUGGGGGUCACGGGUGCGCGCUAGUAGAUGCUAGCUAG